AUAAACCUUAAGUUUGAUUGAUAUAUACUCAAACAAUGUAAGGUAUCACAAGAAAAAUGAAGGUCAAGUCCUGUUUGAUUGCUUCGCUUUUGAUUCUCUCUUUGGUGAUUUUGUCAUACGUCGUUUUAGCUCAAUCAUACAAAUCCAAAGAAGAAACAAUAGCAGAAACGAUCCACAUUCGAAAGAUAAUGAAGAUCGGAGCACCUCGUAGUAAGUCACCACGCGAUCGCCAAUGGGGUGGUAGUGACUCGUCACAAGCCGCAGGUCCAAAUUCACUAUAAGGCGAUGGCUAUACGAUUUGUGGCUACAUCGUAUAAUCUCAAAUAUAUGUUCCUUACUUAGUUUAUGCGAAGUACAAGAUACUUAAGAAAAUCUAUGGCCGGUUCCUAUGUGUUUUUAUUAUUUUUCAAUCCCUAACUGUUGGUUUUUUUCUUGUUCUUUUGGAGUUCCUCCAUACAAGAUCUUUUGUCAACGA